GCCGCCGGGCCGGGUGACCGUGACGACGGGACCGCAGCGCUAUGCGGAAGGUGAAGGCGCUCCGCCUGGUCCUGCUGCUGGACAUCCGCUGCGUGUCCUGCCCCGGCGCGAGGCUGAGGGGCCCAGAGGAGCUGUGUCUUAUCGUGCGCCUGCUCGGCCAAUGUCAGAAGACAAGAUGCGUCCCCGCUGCCUUCCCCCUGCUCUUCAACGCGGAGAUGGUGUUUGAAAAGGCCUUCCCGGAAGCCGGGGAUCCCGGAGACGUGGUCGCACGACUCGAAGAUGAUUCCGCUGUGUUCGAGUUGGUCCAGCUGGUUCCUCCAGAUGGAGAAACCCUGUCCACGUACACGGAGAACACGAAAGACUUCCUGUUCCCGGGGCCGAGGCCCCCAUCCGGCCCGCGUGACGCCCCCCGGGAGGUUCACAUGACCAGGAUCCCCGGCGUACGGGGUGCGGAGCCGAAGCUGGAAUUCCGCACCACCUCCAGCAUCGGCGAAUGCCCGAUGGAGCCGUGGAGGGUCCCGGCCCAGGACCGGUGGCCGCGCCCUCGGACGCCUCUCGGAGCCGCCGGGGCGAGAUCGCCCUCAGGCCCCGCGGCCGGCCCCCCCGGCCGGCCCCCGUCGCCCCUGAGGGGCUACGAGCGGCCCACCCUGGCCUCGGUGUCGCGGUCGCCCUCUCCCUACACGAGGCGCCGCAUGUGCGCGCUGGCAGAGGAGACGGGCCGGCGGCUGGCACACCUCCACCUGGGGCCCUUCGAGUUCAAGCGGGACAGCGCCCGGCCGCCCUUUGUCGUCAGACACGUGCAGCCGCCCAGUCCCGCGGCCGACUUUCUCGCCGCCCCCGCCAGAGACGGCGCCAGAGACAGCGCGAGAGACUGCACGUCUGGACCCUCCCGGGACCCUUUCCUCCUGGACGGCUACCGACCGAAGCAGGCCGGGACGCGCCGGUCGUCGUGGGGUGGCGAGCCUUGUCCCACCCUCUGCGACAGAAGGUGGGAGGAGCCCUGGACCUCGAGCCCAGCUCCUCAGCCGGGAGCGGGCCGUCGGUCAGCGGCCCAGGAGCCCGCGCAGAGUCCCGUGCUCCAUCGCUCUUCUCUCAGGGAGAGGUUCUUGUCGCAUUCAGCCGGUCCCGCCAACUCGGAUGAGAUCCACCGGCGAAUCCAACGCGUUCUGAGGCGUCACCGGGCGUGGCAGAAGCCGACGACGGCCUCUGAUGAGAGUCUCUCCGGGAAGGAGGAAUUGGGCCUGAACAGUGGCGUUGGGCAGAAGGGUGCCUCCUGGUCGGGGUACCCGGAAUCCGGCUCUCCCCUGCGGCCGUGGGCGGCCGUCUCCCAGGACGGCGGCAGUGAGUGGCAGACCAGCCGGGAGGCCACCCACCAAAAGAAGGCCCACCGAGCCGUGUUUGCAGACAACAUGGGGAGGAUCUACGGCCAUAUGUUCAGAAACGCCUCCGCCACGCGUCCCGUGAGGCAGGCCACCUGCUGAGAGCCCCUCAAUGAAGAAUCCGGUGGUCGACCA